AUGGGUGAUUUAACGAAGAGCUCCGCCGCGCUGAACGCCGUGGCCUGCCAUUCUGUCGGUCGACAUGUCAAUAACGUGGCCUCGAUCACAAAACUCGCGGAGGGGGGCUUCAACCGUGUCUUGCAAGUCACCUUCGAUGACGGAUAUGCAGUUCUUGCAAGGCUACCGUACAAGACAACUGUCCCGAAACAUUAUGCAGUGGCCAGUGAGGCUGCUACACUCGCACUUCUGCGUGCUCAUGGGGUCCCAGUCCCAAAAGUCCUUGCGUAUUCUCCAGAUCAGACAAACGCCGUUGGAACCGAAUAUAUUCUACUUGAAAAGCUUGAAGGAACACCCUUGAGUGACCAGUGGUUCUCCAUGGAUACCAAAACUCGGGUCAAAGUAAUGAGACAGAUUGUUGAUUUGGAGAGACGAUUCAUGAGCAUCCACUUCCCAGCAAGCGGAAGUCUGUAUCACCGCCGUGAUCUCGAAGGCUCACAACACUUUAUCCCAGUCUCGGACGAUAUCGUCGUUGGCCCAACUGCACAGCAUGAAUGGUGGUAUCGAGAACGGGCCUCUCUGAAGGUUGACCGCGGCCCAUGGAAUACCUUUUCUGCAUGCUUCGAAGCACCUGCAAAGCGCGAGAUAGAAUUCUGUGAAAGAUUUGGCAAACCACGCUUACACGUCGAAAGAUACCUACGAGAAAUACACCAGUUCCAAAACCUCUCACCUAUUCCGUACCAACAUCUUCUUACCAAUUAUUUAAAGUUAGCGCCCUACCUCGACGUCCCAUCCGGCCACUGCAUGUCUCGCCCGACUCUUCGCCAUCCGGACUUUUCACCUAACAAUAUCCUGGUGAAUACGUCUAACGACGUGGUAGGGAUCAUUGACUGGCAGCAUGCAGUCAUUCUACCCCUCUGUCUGUGCGCUGGAAUCCCCGAUCAUUUUCAAAAUUGGGGCGAUCCAUUGUCCGAGACAUUAUCUAAGCCAGAGGUCAAAUUGCCAGACAAUUUUGAUAAACUUAGCGAUGAAGAACAAGGAACUGUUCAAGAGACGAUGCGGAGACGGAUUGUCCAUUUCUAUUAUGCUGCGUUGACCAUGAAAUCCCUGCCGGAUCAUUUUGACGCCAUCAGAACCGAAAACUGUAUGCUUCGAGCGAAGCUUUUUCACCAUGUACAGGCUCCCUGGGAAGGGGACUCUGUCUCGUUGAAGUAUGCCAUGUUACAGCUCCUCAAGAAUUGGCCUAUGUCGCUGGAUGGAGGAGCACAAAUGAGAUCUGUUGAGUGUCCAAUUCAAUUUUCUGGGCAAGAGAUGCAGAAAUGUUCGGAGGAUCAUCGCCAAGAACAAGAGAAACUACAGGAACUAAGCGAGAUGAGGGAUCUAAUCGGGACAGAUGCCCUAGGCUGGGUUUCAGAUGAGGAUGAGCUUAAACGGUGCAGGGCUAUCAUCCAGAGCAUCAAAGACGGUUUGAUGGAACAUUCAAGCACUGAUAUGGAGAAAAUUGCGGUCCUUUCCCAUUUUCCUUUCGAUGAUCAUGAAGAAAAUGCGUGA